AUGAGCUGCAAGGUCACUGUGACAGCAUGCCUGGUCAUGCUCCUCUUUGCGAGCUCGGGUCUGGGAGAGGAUGCGCAGGACUCGGCCCCCUCGCUGAAGCUGCCUGGCUCCCUGCGCUCCGUGCAUGGGGGCUGCUUGCGCGAGGGAGUGCAGUCACCGGUCCCAACCAGAGUAGACAACAAGAAGUUCGAGCAAGCUGCAAGAGAAAUCUUGGAUGGCGAUGUGGCGGGACCUCUGCGAAUGCCUGCAAUCUCCAUGCCGCCGCUCAAGGCCGCGCCGAUUGCUGUGAACGUGAAGAACAGGUCGAGAUGCCCGAAGAUGCAUGUUGUGAAGCUGGUUAUGAUCGGGACCUUUGAUGAUGGUCAUAAUCAUGAUGACGAGGAUGCUGCGAUGAUGAUGAUAACGACGUAUGAGGAAACGAAAGUCAAAGAGCUGCAAGCAAGUUUGGACUCCAUCCCUUCCACUGAUCGAUUGAGUGGGAAGAGAGAGAUGAAGACCAUCCACGAAGCAGUUCCAGACCUUGGCUUCCAACCGGACAUGUCAAGGAGAUCUCUGCGAUCCUCGUCGCUUCCUCGCAGCCCUGACUCUCAUUCCUCGCCCUCCAUGCUGCCAAUCAAGGGAGGAUCCGCUGCUGGAUACAGGCAUCACCUCGCGCUCGUUGUCAAUCGGCUGUUGAACUACCUGGACGUCGCGGCGUCAGGGCAGGUCUCAUGGAGGCAGUUCGGAAGCGACUGCCGGCAAGUCGUCAACGAGUUCGUUGCCUUCUGCAGGGCCACCGUCAGGAACACCUUCACCAGCAUAGUAGACGCGUGCCUUGACGGCGGGGUCUUUGCGCUCGGAAGGUUCCUGGCCGUCUUCCAUAACCUCGCCUGCUACAUCUUCGGGCCGAGUUACUUCUCCAACAUGGUGGUGGCGUAUCGAAGAUCCGGUCCAAUCUUUCGUUUCACACGUUUUGCUGUCGUCAGCCUCUCAAGAUUGGUCGCCUCCUCCGCUCGCCGCACCAUCCACUCGCUCUACGGGCAUGUCUCCAGCAUCUCUCGCGUGGAGUCUUUCACUCUUCCCAACGUCAAGAACGUCUACUCCGCCGCCUCCAACUUGAUUCAGAGAACCAUCUGGGGGGAUCUUGCUCCUCAUCUACAAGAGCUCGAUGCUUGUCUUGCUCGCCAAGGGCUACGGCAGGAGCUUGUAGACGGAGAUGGCAACUGCUUUUUCCAUGCGCUCCUCUUGCAGCUCAAGCAUCACUCCGUCCCUGUCGAUCCUUCUCAGAGCAGAGGGGAGCAGGAGAGACGAGACUCUCCCAGCGAGAGGCCCGUGUCCUUGCUGAGGAGACAGGUUGUGCAAUACAUGAGGUCAAAUCCUCAGCUCUUUGAGAAUUAUCUUGAGACUGGCGAAUCUUUUCAAACUUAUCUGAACCGCAUGUCGAACGAUGGAGAAUGGGCAGGAGAGAUGGAGAUCGUCGCCAGCGCCUUCCUCUACGACGUCUGCAUCGUCUGCUAUGCUGUGACCGCUGGAGGGCUGGCAGAGUACAAGUACAACCCGAACAAGGACGAGGACGGGGACGGAGAGCCUCGCAAACCGCGUCCUACCCUGAGGAUCUGCCUCUGGAAGCAGCACUACUGGUCGACAUGCGCUGCCGCCGAUGAGCAGGACGAGGGGGAGAGCUCCACGGCUGCUGCUGCUGAGCCCAGCGCUGGAGAAGCUGAGAAUGCCGAGGAGGAUGGGGAUGUAUGGGGAUGA